ACGGGGGUUAAAAUGAAUAUUUUAAUAAGCCGAUGACCUUCGAAGUAAACAUUUCCCAAAACGGUUAUAGAAGCAACACAGUUCAAAAAACUGCAACUGCUUGUUUAAUACGCUACUCGCCAAAUUCUCAAUCUCCACCUCCGGCCACUGCAACUCAAUCUCCACCGCCGGCCACUAACCUAACCACCAACAUCUCUUUUCAUUUCUACAUCAAUUUACACACAGUAAUUGGAGGAAAUCGUUUCGCAAAAAAAGUUCAAAUUUGUGUUUUACGAAAUAAUGGCGUUCUCUUCUUCCAGUUCCCCUUUUGGGCAGAAUAUCAAUUCAAGCAGUAAUUCGUCAAAUCCUUAUCGCACUUUAAUUGAAGGUUCAUCAGUUUUUGCUCAAAAUAUAUCAUCUCCUUUUCAAAGAAGCAAUCCAUCAGGUUUUGGAGGAUUCCAGGCCACACCAAUAUCUCAGGGCAGUGCUUCCACUCCCAGCUUUAGUGACCUACUUAGAGGAAGUACAGUAGCAUCUUAUACUCCAACACUGGGCAUAGAUGAAAAUGGCCGCAAAUUCCAGUCUAUAUCUGCAAUGCCGAUUUACCAGUCUAAAAGUCAUGAAGAGUUGAGGUUAGAGGACUAUGAGUUAAAACAGGAAUCAAAUUCUUAUGUUGGUCGUUUUGAUAUGGCUGCUACAACAUCGAAGUCAUAUGUUAGUCCACCAUUUGGCAGCCCGUGCACUCAGUUUGCGUCAAUUAGUGGUAGCAAUAAUGGUCUUUUUGGAGCAUCAAUUCCUACAAUCUUUGGUGCCCCGAACACCUCAGGGAUUAGCUUCAAUUCGAAACCAGCAGCUGUUGGCUCAGAAUCAGCAAAUGGUAGCAACACAAACUCGAUAUUUGGUGUAUCUAAUGCUUUUGCACCUUUGAGUGCCAGCACUGGUUUUACCUUCCCCACAACACUACAAUUUGGUAUUAAGCCGACUCCUCCAUUAUGGUCAACUUCAGCAUCUGUAGUUCCAAGCACUUCAAGCUCUUCUACCCCAACUACAGUAGGAUUUGGAGUUCAGAGUUCUUCUGGGGGACAGACCAAACCUAUCUUUCCUUUUCCACCAUUAUCAAACCCUUUUAUCUUUCAAGCCGCAACGACACCUCCAUUAUGCUCAACUUCAACAUCUGUUGUUCCAAGUACUUCAAGCUUUUAUGGUUUCGGUCAAACCUCAGCGCCCGAAAAUACAAGUGCAUUUGGAGUUCAAAGACCUGCUGAUUGUUUCAAGACUUCAUCCUUUGAUAAUAUCUUCCAUGUUCCACCAUUAUCGAAUUCACCGUUUCAUCCUAAACCAUGUUUCAAUACACCAGCUUCAACACUUUUCCAACAGCCUGGACAAACUACUAACAGCCUGAGUCAACCAUCACAAGCUUCAAACCGCUCGACAAUGUUCACAGAGCAGACUAUUAACGGACAAGAGCAAUCGGCGAAUCCUUUCGGCAUACAAUAUGAAACUGAUGGACCCCAUGCAGUAAUUACAAUACGACAUGGAACAUCUAUCAUACAAGUUUCAGGCGAAAUUUCAUCUUUAGCUAUCCGAGAAGUGUCCUCAAGUCACGACAAUCUGCCUGCUCGAGAAAAUAGUGGUGGAAGCAUUGAGCCUAAGGUUCCGUUUGUCAAUAAUGAAGAAGAUAGACCUUUCUCAGUUGAUCCUUUACACCGGCCUUGUUUUAUUAACUCACACGGUAAAGACUGUGAAGGCAAAGCUUGUCCUAAGGCUUCCUUCAGAAUGAACGUCAACGAAACAGAGUUGACUGAUGAUAGUUCCGUCAAAGAUGAAGAUGAAGAUGAAUUAUUAAUCAAACACGAGGCUGAUGUUCUAGAUCUAAUGCCAAAGCUACCAGACGGUGAUUAUUACACGGAACCUUCUUUGAAAGAUCUGGCAGCAAAGGAAAUAUCCGAACCGGGAUAUUGCAGCCGAGUGAAUGACUUUGUAGUGGGGAGAAAAGGGUAUGGAAGCAUCAAAUUUCUUGGAGAAACGGAUAUUCGAAAUCUCGAUAUUGAAUCUGUUAUCCAUUUCAACAAUCGAGAAGUGAUAGUUUAUCCGGAUAGUACAAAGAAGCCGCCAGCUGGACAAAGCCUGAACAAGCCAGCAGAGGUAACUCUACAGAAUGUGAAAUGCAUUAGUAAAAAGACGGGAAAAGAGUACGUUGAUGGUGUUGAAGUUGAAAGUUACAAAGAGAUGCUGGUAAAGAAGGGCUCAGAAAAUGGGGCUGAGUUUGUUUCCUAUGAUCCAGUUUUAGGGGAAUGGAAAUUCCGAGUUCUACACUUUUAGGAAUUGAAGAUCAAAGUGUGCUCUUUGUGGUUUCAAGAAUUUCUGUGUUUGGUGAACUGUAAAUAGAUGCAAGUCAUCAGUUUUAGUUUGUAUAGCUAGGUUUAUGGCUUUAAGCAAACCUCACCAUGUUCUUACAAUGUCUCAAAGGAAAUCUUUUUUGAAGUUGCCCUCCUCUUCAUUUCUAGUAGCAAAAUUUACUUUUUUAUGUUGAGUUUUAUGAUGAUGCAGGUGAUAUAAAAAUGUUUUUUUAC